AUGUUGAGCGGCGGCGGCGGCGCCCCCCCGGUCGGCGGGCCUGGCAGCGGGACCCGGCUGGCCAACACUUUCCGGCAGGUGGCGCGUUUGCACUGGGUCCUGGUGGAGGACGCCGCCGUGCGCACCGAGCUGGUCAGGCGCUUCGUGGCGGGACUCGCCGACGCCGGUCCGCCUUGCACUCACUUGCACGUGCCCACGCCCCCCCGCUACAAGCGGCCCGGACUGCCCAGGGCCACCGAGCAGCGCAACGCCGGCCUCGCCUGGGUCCGCCAGCGGCACCAGCACUUGCCAGCCCCGCAGCCCGGAGUGCUCUUCUUCGCCGACGACGACAACACCUACAGUCUGGAGCUCUUCCAGGAGAUGCGCACAACCCGUAAAGUGUCUGUUUGGCCUGUGGGGCUGGUGGGCGGACGACGCUAUGAACGCCCCAUUGUGGAAAAGGGAAAGGUUGUUGGCUGGUACACCGGCUGGCGGGCAGAUAGGCCGUUUGCCAUUGAUAUGGCAGGGUUUGCUGUGAGCCUUCAGAUAAUCUUGUCGAACCCUAAAGCUGUAUUCAAACGCCGUGGAUCACAGCCCGGGAUGCAGGAAUCUGAUUUUCUGAAACUCAUAACCACAAUGGAAGAACUGGAGCCAAAAGCAAACAACUGCACAAAGGUUCUUGUAUGGCACACGCGAACUGAAAAGGUAAAUUUAGCUAAUGAGCCAAAGUAUCACCUGGACACAGUCAAAAUUGAGGUGUGAUCUGUAAGCAUAA